UCAAAACGUGGGGUUCCCAUCUACUGCUAGGAUUCAUUCGAGCUACAAGUCCCAAGCCCGUCUGAUAUUGGCCUCUGAUAUUCGUUCCUUUCCCAUCACCCAUUAGGUACUGAGACCUACUAGGGCAAAUUCGCCCUGAAUAUUCAAGAUGGUGAACAUUACGGAGAAGAUCAAGGAGAUCGAGGAGGAGAUGAGGAGGACCCAAAAAAAUAAGGCAACCGAGUAUCAUUUGGGUCUGUUAAAAGGAAAGCUUGCUCGCCUUCGCGCUCAGUUGCUGGAACCAGGACCGGGAUCAGGGGGCGGUGGAGGCACGGGCUUCGACGUGAGCAAGAGCGGCGAUGCACGGAUAGCUCUAGUUGGGUUCCCGUCCGUGGGCAAGUCGACGUUUCUCUCCAAGGUGACCAAGACCAAGUCUGAAGUCGCCUCUUACGCCUUCACAACCCUGACCGCCAUCCCUGGUGUACUCGAAUAUGGCGGGGCCGAGAUCCAGCUGCUCGACUUGCCUGGAAUCAUCGAGGGUGCGGCGGAAGGCAAAGGGAGAGGGCGGCAGGUUAUCUCGGCGGCAAAGACUAGCGAUCUCAUUCUCAUGGUGCUCGAUGCGACAAAGAGGGCAGAGCAGAGGGCGUUGUUGGAAGCCGAAUUGGAGGCAGUAGGGAUCCGGCUGAAUCGCGAGCCACCAAACAUCUACCUCAAGCCCAAGAAAGCCGGCGGCAUGAAGAUCACCUUCCAGUCGCCACCCAAGGGCCUUGACGAGAAGAUGAUCAUGAAUAUCCUCCGGGACUACAAGCUUCUCAACUGCGAGGUGCUUGUGCGCGACGAGAACUGCACGGUCGACGACCUGAUCGACGUCAUCAUGAAGGACCACCGCAAGUACAUCAAGUGCCUGUACGUCUACAACAAGAUCGACAGCGUCUCGAUCGAAUUCCUCGAUAAGCUGGCGCGGGAGCCGAACACGGUGGUCAUGAGCUGCGAGCUAGACCUGGGCAUUCAGGACGUCGUCGACCGCUGCUGGAAGGAACUAAACCUGAUCCGCAUCUACACCAAGCGCAAAGGCGUCGACCCGGACUUCAACGAGGCCCUCAUCGUGCGGAACAACAGCACCAUCGAGGACGUCUGCGACCGCAUCCACCGCUCGCUCAAGGACACCUUCAAGUACGCCUUGGUCUGGGGCGCCAGCGCGAGGCAUGUCCCCCAGAGGGUAGGGUUAGGGCAUGUGGUUGCAGACGAGGACGUCGUGUACAUCGUCAGCGGGUGGAAAGCGUAGUUCCGGUGAAGAUGGAAAUGAACGAUUAUUCACCCGACCCACAUCCAUGUUUGUGCGGAAUGAAGAACUUGGUGAUGAUAGCGAUAUUUCAUUCGUUUUGCCUAUGUUUGCCAGCUGUCAUGCCCAGUCGUAACAAGCCUCGUCCUGAUCCCCCCAAUAACAAGAGGUUCCCAUAUCAAUUACAAGACAAGAACAAAAACGAAAACAAGAGAACAUCCGAAACGCCACCGUGGUAGACCAACCAUAUCGUUUCCUCCUUCCCUCGACAGCCCGAUCGUCCUUCUAUGCGAAAUCAAAAGAAACGGAACAAAGAAAACAAAUAGAAAAGGGAUUAAGAGGAACCAGAACUAGGCUUCAGCCGAGAUGCCCCAUGUCCCGACGACGUGUAGUGAAAACAUCGCAGACUGGGUGGUCGAACUGAGGAGAAGGAAGAAAGAAAGAAGAAGGGAGGAAGAGCCAAAAUAGCGGGGCUCAGUUGCCGAAGGGGUUGGCAUCUCGUGCGGGCGCGGCAGCCGGCUUACUGCCGAAGAGCGCGCCUCCGUUGCUGACGCCCUCGGCCUCAAGUCUCUUAGCUGACGCCUGGGCGAAGAGCGACUUUGGCUUGACUCUAUAACGCGCAAUCAUCUGUUAGCUCCUCG